GCUCCGCCCCCCUCACUGCGUCGCACGUCACUGCCCGGCGUGCCGCGCGUCUGUCUCCCCAGCUCGGCUGGACCAAGAUGGCGGUGCAGGAGUCAGCGGCCCAGCUGUCUAUGACCCUGAAGGUUCAGGAAUACCCGACCCUCAAGGUGCCCUAUGAGACACUGAACAAGCGUUUCCGAGCUGCCCAGAAAAACAUUGACCGGGAAACCAGCCACGUCACCAUGGUGGUAGCUGAGCUGGAGAAGACCUUGAGUAGUUGCCCAGCUGUGGACUCUGUGGUCAGCCUCUUGGACGGUGUAGUGGAGAAGCUGAGUGUCCUCAAGAGGAAGGCGGUGGAGUCCAUCCAGGCUGAGGAUGAGAGUGCCAAGCUCUGCAAACGCAGGAUUGAGCACCUCAAGGAACAUAGCAGUGAUCAGCCGGCAGCAGCCAGCAUGUGGAAACGGAAGCGCAUGGACCGCAUGAUGGUGGAGCACCUGCUGCGCUGUGGCUACUACAACACAGCAGUGAAGCUGGCUCGCCAGAGUGGCAUUGAGGACCUUGUGAAUAUCGAGAUGUUCCUGACAGCCAAAGAAGUGGAAGAGUCCUUGGAGAGGCGUGAGACUGCCACCUGCCUUGCCUGGUGCCACGACAACAAGUCCCGACUCCGGAAGAUGAAGGGCCGCCAAAGCGAGCACGAGGCGAAGACGGGACGAAAGAGUAGAGCCGCCAGUGGCUCCCUUAAAGAGAGUGAGGAUCUUGGUAUGGAACCCCUAAAAGGAAAGCCAGAAUUGAGCUGCCUGGAAUUCAGCCUCAGGAUUCAGGAGUUCAUUGAGCUUGUUCGACAGAACAAGCGCCUGGAUGCUGUGAGACAUGCAAGAAAGCAUUUCAGUCAGGCUGAAGGGAGCCAGCUGGAUGAGGUCCGCCAGGUCAUGGGCAUGUUGGCCUUCCCGCCAGAUACGCACAUCUCCCCGUACAAGGACCUCCUGGACCCGGCUCGGUGGCGAAUGCUGAUCCAGCAGUUCCGAUACGAUAACUACCGACUGCACCAGCUGGGAAACAGCUCUGUCUUCACCCUCACCUUGCAAGCUGGGCUCUCAGCGAUAAAGACACCACAGUGCUACAAGGAGGAUGGCAGCUCCAAGAGCCCCGACUGCCCCGUGUGUAGCCGCUCGCUGAACAAACUAGCGCAGCCCCUGCCCAUGGCUCACUGUGCCAACUCCCGCCUGGUCUGCAAGAUCUCUGGUGAUGUGAUGAAUGAGAACAACCCACCCAUGAUGCUGCCCAAUGGCUAUGUCUACGGCUACAAUUCUCUACUUUCUAUCCGUCAAGAUGAUAAAGUUGUUUGCCCAAGAACCAAAGAAGUCUUCCACUUCUCCCAAGCUGAGAAGGUGUACAUCAUGUAGGCCUGGGUUGCCAAGUGCAUGCCCCCGGCCAGGGGCUAUGGUAGGUGGGGCCACACCCUCCUGUCCUGACCCCAGACCCCAGCCUCCCUCGGCGUUUGUUUCUUGCAACCAAAGAUCAGUGAGCAACGACAAAUACUCUUAGAAAGAGAGGAAGUGAGAUUUUAUAAGUCUGUGCUUGAGAACAGCAUUUGAUUGGUAGGAUUUUGUAACGUAAGUCGACUGACGCCUCUGCAAGUUCUUGCGCCUCUCUAAGGAAACUGUCUGCAGCGUGAUCUGAAUACCUAGGGAGAUCCAGAACAUCUCGGAAGUGGGUUCUCUGUUUCCUUUGCUAGUGAUGAGACUUGGGGAGCUUGUGAUACAGGCUGGUCCUUUGCCCUCCUGUGGGCCUUCGCCUGGAUGAGGUGCUGGCCACGCCAGGUUGGCUGUAGUGACGGGAUGCGGUGCACAAGGCCUUUCCUGACUUCACUGUUGAGCUGCUGCCAAAGCGCCACCCAUCCACCACAGCCCUGGGCUGCUGUUUGAGGAAGUUCUGUCCACAGGGCCAGGGUGUCUGUGGGGCUGUCAGUGUGCGCAGGUUUGUAUCUCACCUUCCAGCUCCGCCUUAUCUCCUGCUUUGAGAAUGUAUUCACUGGAAAAGCCACUGGACCGAGUUUCUGCAGAGGCCUUGCUGGGUGGUUUUGUAGCCCUAGAGUGUAAAUGCUUUUCAUUACAAAAACUGAUAGUUCAGCUGAAAUAAGUACUGACGGGUUUUCAAAACAAAUGAACCGUUGUAAUUCACACAAAACCAUAUUGUAGAGGUUUGUAUCUAGCGCUUAUUUUUGCAUGUUGUUGUUGAUUAGCUAAUGAACUGUAAAUGUAAAGCGUGUUAAUAAAAUAGCUUUCUAUUUCUC